AUGCUUCCUUUCCGCUUGUCUUCCGUUAUUCAACUCUUCCUCCUGAUACAAUAUUCUUCAACAACAACAGCAGUAGCAGACGACCUCAAAUAUGUCGACCCCUUGAUUGGGUCAACUAGCGGCGGAAAUGUCUUCGCAGGCGCAAGUCUCCCCUACGGCCUAGCAAAGCCAGUCGCCGACGUAGACGGCCUCAAUACAGGAGGGUUCUCAACAGACGGAAGCAAUGUCACCGGCUUCUCGCACAUGCACGACAGCGGCACAGGCGGGAAUCCGUCCAUGGGUCAAUUCCCCAUAUUCCCACAAUACUGUGCAGACAAUGCUAUCGAUAACUGCAAGUUUACCAAGACUGCGCGCGCGACUCACUACGUGAAUGAAUCUGUCACGGCGCGCCCGGGGUAUUUCAACAUAGAGCUCCAAAAUGGCAUUCUUGCCGAAAUGACUGCUUCUCGCCGUACGGCUUUAUACAGAUUUGCUUUUCCAGAGACGAAGACUGGGGAUGGCGAGGCGAUGAAUCCGGUUAUCUUGCUUGAUUUGACUGAUUUGUGGGAUAGUCGGCAGAACGGCAGUAUUGAUAUUGAUGAGUCUGGACGUAUGGUGGGAAAUGCUACGUUUCUGCCUAGUUUUGGCGCUGGAUCUUAUCGGGCCUAUUUCUGUGCUGACUUUGUCGGUGCGAAGAUACGUGAUAGUGGUGUUUGGGUGAAUGAUCGUGCUGGAUCUCAACCGAAGGAGCUUUUUGUUACGCGUGGUUUCAAUAACUUUUAUCUUCAGGCGGGUGGGUUCAUGGAGUUUGAUCGGCCUAGGGAUGGAGUUAUUACUACAAGAGUUGGUGUGAGUUAUAUUAGCUCUGAGCAGGCCUGCUCAAAUGCUGAGACGGAGAUUCCGAAUCCACUGCUUAAAUUUAAGGAGCUACAGAGUGCUGCUGAAGAUGCCUGGAGAGAGAAACUUAGUCCUAUUAAGGUUGUCUCUGGAGGAGUCGGUGAUAGAAUGUUGAGAGCGUUUUGGAGUGGUAUUUAUCGGACGAUGCUCUCACCACAGGACAUGACUGGAGAAAAUCCCUUGUGGGAAAGUGAUGAGCCCUACUUUGACUCGUUCUACUGUAUCUGGGACUCAUUUCGGGCCCAACAUCCGUUUCUUACUAUUUUGGAUCCACACGCACAGUCCAGAAUGGUUCGCAGUCUACUUGAUACAUUUAAGCACGAAGGGUGGCUUCCGGAUUGUCGAAUGACCCUAUGCAAAGGAUGGACGCAAGGUGGCUCUAAUGCCGAUAUUGUUCUUGCAGAUGCAUUUGUCAAAAACCUUACAGGUAUCGACUGGGAGCUAGCGUACAAGGCGAUGGUCAACGAUGCCGAGAAUGAGCCUUUGGAAUGGUCAUACGAAGGGCGAGGUGGCCUUCAAAGUUGGAGGUGGCUCAAUUACAUACCAUAUCAGGAUUUUGACUAUCUAGGAUUCGGCACAAACUCACGCAGUAUUUCACGAACGGUUGAGUAUGCUUAUAACGACCACAGUCUGGCGAUUGUGGCCAAGGGUCUCGGCAAGAAGGACUACACUACCUAUCUUUCUCGCUCGAAUAACUGGCAGAACCUUUAUAAAGACAGUCAGACUUCCUACCUGGAAAAUGGAACUGAUACUGGCUUCACGGGCUUUUUCCAGCCCAAGUAUCUCAAUGGCACUUGGGGCUUACAGGACCCAAUUGCCUGUAGUGCUCUCGCAUCAUGGUGCUCGCUGACUUCGAACCCAUCCGAAACAUUCGAGUCAAGUAUAUGGGAAUAUCUUUUCUACGUUCCCCAUGACAUGGCAAGCCUCAUCAAGCUCCUAGGCGGAUCAGACUCAUUCGUGAAACGCCUAGACUACUUCCACGAAUCUGGUUUAGCCGAUAUAAGCAACGAACCUGUCUUCUUAACUGUCUAUGAAUACCACUACGCCGGACGACCAGCCCUCUCCGCAAAACGGGCGCACAGCUAUAUACCCACAUCUUUCAACUCCUCCUACGACGGCCUUCCCGGAAACGAUGAUUCUGGUGCUAUGGGCUCGUUCCUGGCAUGGAGUAUGAUGGGUCUGUUUCCUAAUCCUGGCCAGAACGUUUACCUUAUCACGCCCCCAUUUUUUGAGGCGGUCGAGAUCACGAAUCCGGAGACUAAUCGAACUGCGACAAUUCGGAAUAUGAACUUCGAUCCUACUUAUAAGAAUAUCUUUAUUCAGAGUGUGAAACUUGAUGAUGUGCCUUAUACUAAGAACUGGAUUGGACAUGAUUUCUUUACUCAAGGUUUGUCUUUGGAGUUGACGCUGGGUGACCGAGAGAGUAGCUGGGGCACAGACAAGGAGGAUUUGCCUCCCAGUCUCAGCGACUCAAUCACCCAGGAUGCAGCCUUUUGA